AGUAUUUAAUUUUCCAAAGUGGGUUCAUGAACAACACUUGUAUAUCCAUCGUUCACUAGAAAUCAAUUAAUGAUGUUUAUUUAAUAUUAGUUUGGUAUAAACACUGGUCGCAAAAUAAGGUUUCAAUAGUCCUCAACAUAAUGAUGCAUUGGUGUUUUAAGCUCGUUAUCUUUACCCAAGUUAAUUUAAUCCAAUCUCAAGCUUCCCCGGAGUCUUGCUAUUUCUGCACGGGAACACCACAAUGUGAAAACCCGAUAGACUAUGAUGAAGUUUCACCAAGGGCAUGUUUGGACGGAAGUGUGUGCCUUAAAUACACCAGUUCCUACCAAAAUAUCAGAAACCAUGAAGGUUUGCAGACAGUAACAUAUCGGCAAUGUUUUAAGCCAGAGCUCCUAGAUGAGUCAAUAUGCACUUUCGUUAAGAAAUCAGAAGAAAACGAACUUCUCCAGCUGAAUUACACUUUAACCAAGUUUGAUUGUAGUGUUUGUCAUGCCACAAAUUGUAACUUAUCUGCAAGCAAUAUCAGCACAUUUUUGGCUUGGAUUGUCAUUAUGUGUUUAUUUUUAAAUGUCUUAUCAUGGAUUUGAUUAGAACAAGAUAUUAGUGAUCUUGGGCACUCAGCCGGUUUUAAAUCCAUUGAAGUAAUUAAUGAGAGGAAAACAGUACGUACUUGUAAUCUUGUUAUUACAAACUGAUAUUUUUAAAAUGUUAAAAACUUCAUUAAACUGAUUACUUUUAGGUAACACGUAAUUAAAUUGGCUUUUCCUAAAUUAAUAAGUCUAGUAAAAAAUAUAUUUAUUGCACCACUAACUUGUGACUAGUUCAACGGAGACUGAUCAAAACGUAAUGUUAGGCUUUACCUUUGCUUUUGAGACAAAAAAUUGCACUAUUCAUUUUUGUUCGAUUAAUACUUAGGUAUUACUUAAGCUUAGCGAUUAUUAAAUAGCACUGUUUUUUUUUUCAAAUAGAAAAUUUCAGUUUCA